UCCGAAAAGAAAAUAUCACGGGAUGAUAUUUAGUUUCUUCUAUUAAUUUGUAUUGCCCCGGCAAAGUUCGCAGAAAAUCAAGGCUCACGUUUAAAUCGAAUUAAAGCGCCGCCAUUCAGGAAAUCGAACGAUUUUCAACAAUCAAAAAAUAGUUAAAUAGUAAAAAAAAUGCAUCCGUGAGUGGGGGAGUUCUGGCGAAACAGCAGCGGAAGGAGAAACGGAUAACGGCGAAGGGCGUGCAAGGCAGAAGUAACGGUUCCUGGCGGCGUGUGUGCGAGUGUGUGUAAAAAUGUGCUUGGCGGACGACAAAAGAAACGGGAUGCGAUUAUUGCGGGUGCAGAAUUAAAAUUAAAUUCACACGAAUUUAUGAGCGAGGCGCGUGUUUUUGCGACUCCAGGGCCUUCAGACCUUCGAAAUUUGCAUCGUUGACGAGGCGGAAUAAUGAAUCGAUGACUAUUUGCUGCUGAUACGGCCACAUCUGCCAGCUGUCUUGGGUCGCCUUCGCCCCCUCUCGCUCACUCACUCGCGUUAUCCUGUGGAGCCCGAACAAAAACAACAACACAAACCAGACUCCUUGCCCGAGGCUCGGCAAUUCCAAUUCGAACUCCGACCACAUCCAACUCGAACUCGAACUGCAGCGAACUCCAACCGGAAAGCUUGCGCAGCAGAGAGAAAGAGAGAGGAGAGAGAGAGACGGUGCGCGAAAGGACUCUCCACCGGCUGAGGAAGAGGGAAAGGGAAAGGACGAGAGGCGGAAGUGGUGACAUCUGUUUUGCCGCUUUGUCAGUUUGCGGAUGCUGCUCCUGCCGAACACGAACGAACGCGAACGAGCACGAACGAACAAGGAGCACAACGUGAACAAGUGUGGAAAUUGGAAUUUUUAUUCAAAACAAUGCCCCUGCUGCAACAGUACGACACCCCUGAUUGCUCCGGUUCUGGUGGCAACAUGCGAGCCCUGAGCGGAGGCUCCACCACUGAGCUGCUGCAGAAGCACUCGAUCAGCUCCUACCUGGAUCACCAUCAGCAGCAGCAACAGCAGCAUCAGCAUCAGCUGCAACUGCAACACCACCAACAGCAGCAACUGCAACACAAUCUGCUGGACAGAUGCAGUGACGAUGGGUUGAUAUCAUUCAUCAACGAUCCAAUCACACUGAACGAUCUACUCGGUCUGUGCGGCGGCCAGAGCCCCUCGACAUCGACUACUUCGGGACUGGGAGGAGGAAGCGGCGGAGGAGCACCAGGAGCUGCAGGAGCCGGUGCAGCAACAACAACAACAUCCUCGACGGGAGUGGGAGGAGCUGGAUCUGGAGGAGCACUUGCCGGGCCAGGAGUCGUGGGACAAACCACCGUCACGGGCGGCAACCCAUCCGCCAGCUUCGGUGGCAACGGCAGCGGCAGCGACGUCAAUAAUCUGCUGCUCGCCAGUGCGGCAGCCGCUGCUGCUGCCGCUGCCGCCGGCGAUGGCGUUCAACUGUCCGCCAAUGCGGCGGUCUACGCUCCACUGACGCCCAGCUCGACCCAGUCGUCGGCCUCGCCGGGCACCAAGUCCAGUUUUGACUACUUCCAGUUUGAAAAUGUUGCACAAAGUAACCCACUUAAGGCUUUCCAAAGAACAAACAUCAGCUUCGAUUGCUCUGCACCCUUAUCGCCAAGUACGCCUACAUCUAUUUACAAUCGCUCCUUUCACAGUUCACCUUUAGUCAGCGACAGCAGCAAUUCCUCGAGCGGCAACGGCCUCUCCCUGGACUCCAUCAACAUGCUCUACCACCAGCAGCAGCAGCAGCAACAACAGCAGCCGCAGCAGCAGGGAUACGCCAGCCUGGGAGCCUCCAUGGGCAGCGGAUUGGGACUCAGCCUGGCGAACGCUUCCACGCGUUCCAACUCGCCAGAGAGUCAGAACAGCGGCCAGUCGAUGAACGAGCCCAACCUACUGGACAUGAUUAAUCUGCUGUCUGUGAAUAGCAACAAACUAGCUUCCAUGCAGCAACAGCAGCAACAUCACCACCAACAACAGCAGCAUCAGCAACAGCAGCAGCAGCAGCAACAUCAGCUGCAGCAGCAGUACGCCAACCUAAAUAGGACCUACGAGCAGCAGAUGGCCGCUAAUGGAGGUGGCCAACAGCACGGCUUCGAGCACAACGGCGUGGGAGUUGCCAGCGGAAGUAGCGAGAACUGCCUGAGCCAAUACACCCUGGAAAACCUCGCCAGCGUGGACAUGGAGCUGGCCAAACUGCAAAAUCUGCAGCGCAUCAACACGCUGAAGCUGCUGCAGGCCCAGACGCAACAGAUGCCUUUGAUCAACCAGCUGUUGCAGAGCUAUGCCGGCAGCACAAUAAAUAGCGUGCCGGGAAGCAAUCUCAGUAGCCUGAUGAGCACGGGCGGAUCAUCCAUUGUAUCGGAAAUGACGGGAAGCGGUAAUGUCGGCGGAGGAACCACCAACGAUGGCCAUUUGGAUCGCGUGGCCAAGUUCCACAGGAGCUCGGCGGCCCUGUGCGAUGCCACCUGCACCUGGAGCGGUCAGCUGCCGCCGCGUUCGCACCGUAUGCUCAACUAUUCUCCCAAGGUCUUCCUCGGCGGCAUUCCGUGGGACAUUAGUGAGCAGUCGCUCAUCCAGAUCUUCAAGCCAUUUGGAUCUAUUAAAGUGGAAUGGCCCGGCAAGGAGCAGCAGGCUGCGCAGCCCAAGGGCUAUGUGUACAUCAUCUUUGAGUCGGACAAGCAGGUUAAGGCCUUACUCUCGGCCUGCGUGGUCCAAGUGGACGACUCGCAUAGUGGCAGUAACUAUUUCUUCAAAAUCUCUUCGCGUCGCAUUAAGUCCAAGGAUGUGGAGGUCAUUCCCUGGAUAAUUGCCGACUCCAAUUUUGUGCGCUCGAGCUCCCAGAAACUAGACCCAACAAAGACCGUGUUUGUGGGCGCCCUACAUGGAAAACUGACUGCUGAGGGUUUGGGAAAGAUCAUGGAUGAUCUUUUUGAUGGUGUGCUGUAUGCCGGCAUUGAUACGGACAAGUACAAGUACCCGAUCGGAUCGGGACGUGUGACCUUCAGCAACUUUCGCUCCUACAUGAAAGCUGUCUCUGCCGCCUUCAUCGAGAUCCGAACCACAAAGUUCACCAAGAAGGUGCAGGUGGAUCCGUACCUGGAGGAUGCCUUAUGCUCUAUAUGCGGAGUGCAGCACGGUCCCUACUAUUGUCGGGAAUUGUCGUGUUUCCGAUAUUUCUGCCGCAGCUGCUGGCAAUGGCAGCACAGCUGCGAUAUCGUCAAGAAUCACAAGCCCUUGACGCGCAAUUCCAAGUCGCAGAGCCUAGUUGGCAUCGGACCAUCCUCGUCGACUGUUUCGUUGGCCUCGUCGAGCCACAGCAUUAACGGCGACAACAAGAUGGGGCACAGCCAGCAGCAACAGAAGCAACACCAUCAGAUGGAACAGCAGUCGCAGGCCCUCAAUCUCAACCUGAUGGGCAACUCCGGAGCCGGCAAUGCCGCCGCUGCCACCUCGAUGUACACAUUUCAUCAGCAUCAGCAGCGACAACUGCAGAAGCAGCAUUUACAGUAUCGUCAGCAGCAGCAUCAGGCGAUCUAGACUGCUGCGGCUUUUAUCCGCACCGUUUUAACGGAUGUUUCCACACUCACAGCGUGCGGAAUUUUGGACUUUUAGGCAAAGUAGAAGAAAUGGCGCAUACGUAGUGCAGCCGAUGGAGACCCGGGCUCAUCAUCAUCGUCAUUAUCAUUGUAAACACAGUUUUAUUGAUGUGUAUAUUAGAUCGGUACGAUAUGAAGCUUA